AUGCCGGUCAUCCCCAUCCCGCGGCGGGUGCGCUCCUUCCACGGCCCGCACACCACCUGCCUACACGCGGCCUGCGGGCCCGUGCGCACCUCCCACCUGGUGCGCACCAAGUACAACAACUUCGACGUCUACCUGAAGACACGCUGGCUGUACGGCUUCAUCCGCUUCCUAUUGUACUUCAGCUGCAGCCUGUUCACGGCGGCGCUGUGGGGCGCGCUGGCGGCACUCUUCUGCCUGCAGUACGUGGGCGUGCGGGCGCUGCUGCGCUUCCAGCUCAAGCUCUCCGUGCUGCUGCUGUUACUGGGCCGCCGGCGCGUCGAUUUCCGCCUGCUCAACGAGCUGCUCAUCCACGGCAUUCACGUCACUGUGCUACUGGUCGGCGGUUUGGGCUGGUGCUUCAUGGUCUUCGUGGACAUGUGA